AUGUAUCAUUAUGCGGGAGACGUCGACCUUCUGACAUCCGACUUUCAUCGCCCGACCAGCGCUCUUCAGACGCAAUAUGGACAACCACCUCCUUCACCCCCGACUGGAACCCACAAACACUCCACGACUGGAAUCCACAAGCAAUCCAAAUCACCAACAAGUCCUCCAACCCCUCCUGAGUCUAUGAUUCAAUGGAAAGCCUACCGGGUCCCCAAACCCAAGCUGUCAGGGUCCGAAGAGAGUGUCUUGUCCCAAGAUCAAGUCUGUUCCCUAACAUUUUCGGGCACUGAGAGCAAGACUGAUCUCAGCUCUUCGUCUUUCUCGCAAAGGGACUGCGACUGCCAGCUGGUCGCAGUGAGCCCACUAGCUACUCACUUCUGUCAACAAACUCAGUUGCCUAGACCAUGCCCGGUCUUCUCUGAGAAUAGGCCUUCGAACUAUCCGAGUGACCCCACUCAGCUUCUGAUAAAGUUGGAAGCCCUUGAGAUCAAUCAGAAAGCUCAAUCUAGUCAGUUGCAGCUGUGCGAUGGAAGUGACGAGGCAGAAGAUCUUGAAAUGGUCUCACUCGAUGGCUUUGGUUGGGAAGCCAGUGACUCUUUCAAAGAUUUUCAACAAGACCCCGCCCACAAUUUCUGGAGGUGGGAUGAGGCUAUACAACAAUGGACUCAUCAGGAUGAAGACACUAAAUCAGUGAUAUAUUGUCCAGUAGAGCUGGACUAG